AUGCAGGUUAAUGAUAUUGAUUCCUAUUUUAAAUCUCUUCUACGAAUCGAAAAAGUUGAAAAUGAAAAGGAUGAUCAAGUGGCAUUCAGGUAAGUGAUUGACUAGACCAUCUGGCAAGCUCUACCGUAUCAGGUUCAAACUUCAAAAAACUUUUCUUUUUUUCAAAGUAAUUUUUCGGUAAUUUUGUUUGCAUAUUGUUGAUGUAAACAUCUCGAGAUAAUGGACAUACAGUUCGAAAAAAGUUUCAAUGAACACUACUAGAUAGCCCAAGAUUCUGUACUAUAUUUUAAAAAGUUUCAGAUCAUUCCCACCGCACCUCAAUAGCGCUACAAUUCAUCAACCUUCUCGAACUUAUGGAGGAACAACUAUUUGUUAUGCAUUCCUGGCUGCUAAACUUCUACACAGAGAACGACCUAAUUCUAUAUUUAUCACUUUCCUUUCCCAAGGAUCUUGUGAAAUUCCAAUCGAUACAAAAGUUAGGAAACUGGAUAAUGAUAAAAUGUUCGUCGAAGUUUCGCAAAAUGGCAAAACCUUGUCUCGGGCAUAUGUGAAAAAGAAUGCUAUAAGUGAUUGGACAACAUUGGAAACUAAUCGAAGAUUGAUUGAUGGACAGGUAAAAGCACCGGAAUUUUAUAAAAUUGAUGAUGAAAAUUCACGAAAACUUCAAAAUAUUCAAAGCGAAACUGCAUGGAAAGAGAGAAAAGAUGUAUAUUCAAGUCCUUUUGAUGUUAGAUUGGUAGAAUAUGGAAGUUCUGAUGGAUGUAAAGAAGUGUCUAUGAUAUGGGUUCGACUUCCUGUGAAUCAAAGACGUAAGUCACAAAAUACCGUAGUAGUGGAACACUUUUAUCAGUGCACUUUUUUAAAACAAAAAAUGCUCACUGUGGUGUGGUUAUCAGUUGUUUAUCGAAGUUCAAAAACCAAUCGUAUAAAGUAACAUAUUUACCCCCAGGAAACAUCAACAUAAAAACUAUAUCUGCGGAAGGACUUGUGAUGUAUAUUUCGGAUUAUUAUAUAAUUCAACCAGCAAGUAUAUUUCUUCGAAAACAUGGAAGAUAUUUCAAAGCAAUUGUUUCUCUCAAUCAUAGUGUUGACAUAAUUCAACACGAUUUUGAUGUAAAUUUCGACAAACUACACUAUUUUCAGACAACUCUCAAAUUUUCAGCCUUUUCAAUGGUUUUUAAUCCAUUCGACACUCGAAUCAUUUAUUCAAGAUCGUGCAAUUCUUCGAUUCGUCAUUUAUUCCGAAAAUAAACAAGUUAUCGCUUCUGGACGACAAGAAUGCUAUACACCAAGCUGUAUUCAUAAAUUGUAG